AUGGACACAGAUACUGCUCAGCCGCAGGCCCAGCCAUGUGGCCCCAACGAUCCCGAACAAGAAAACGGCUUCAGGUUUACUCCUAUCAAAGCCAUCAAAGCAUUGCCCCGUCUGUGGGAACGCAAACCAGCGACUCCGUUCCAGGGUGGAAUCAAAUCGAAGAAACUGUGGAAACGUUUCCACGCGUCUUUUUCCAGUAUGCAGUCACUUCAGCAAUCAAGCGCGUUGGAGCAAAACGCAUUUCAGACCGCGAUCAACUCAUCCACCACCGCCCCAUCUAUCUCCAUCAACGCAUCCAAGGAUACAACAUACUCGCGCGGCGUCAAGCGCCUUCGCGUCGGCUCCGAUAACUCCGACGACUGGGAAAAUGCUCGUUUUCAGCAAACCGGACGUUCUUUUCUUGAGACCAAGUGGGAGUCGGAGAUGCGAAAGCGACGGAAAUUGCCCGACGCGCCUUUCAAUAUUUUCGACGAAAAUUCGCAACAUAAGCCGACUGUGGCUUCGCGCGAGCUUGAUGGACCCGCCAAUAAUAACGCCGAAUACGAUAUAAACAAUGGUCUUGGCGACGUGGAGGGCGAUCUGGCAAUGACCGCAUCACCCACCCCACUCAGCCAUCUCCAAAGCCCUCCUAAGACGACAAUCUUCCAGGAUGCCAUGCAGCCAGAGAAUCUUGGCUCGUCGACUUCCGAAGCUGAGCCCAUUGAGAACCAGGAGUCUAAACCGACAGACGAAGAACAGUCUACAAUUAUCAACAGUGCAGAGGAAGACAGCCAGGACAUAGCGCCAACACCUACGAAGGCCGUACGAGACCUGACUCAAAAGCAGGAGAGAACUCUGGUGCGAUCGGCGCUCCGCAGCUCACUGGAUGGAGAUGAUGCCGAGCUGCUGAAUGAUUUCCUGUCCAAGGCCAAGGCCAAGCGUGCGGCUAAGGCGGCCCAAAUGGAUUCCCAGGAUGGAGCUACUGAGGCCUCAUCAAGCCCCGAGGAGUCACCCGAGGAAGCGCUUACGCCACGAUCGCGGCGAGUUUUGGAAGAUUUGGACGCGAACUCGCCCUCUCCGGUCAAGGCUGAUACCUCACUAAGUAAGGGCGAUGGCAUGCUCGGUGACGAUGCUCAUCAAGGUUCAGUCAGCAAGGAUAUUCAGGAUGAUGAGCCGGCGCCGGCAAGUCCUGCAUGCCGACGAAGCACUCGCGUCAAAGCUCCCACGGCCAAUACAUCGGCUGUGCGCAAUACUAUUGCACUCCGCCGGGCCAAAGGCACGGAGUUUGUUUUCCUGCAGCGGACCGAGGCCCAACAGCUAGCCUUGGCUACCAAGAAAAAUACGCGCAACAACAGGGGUAACUCAGUCAUGCCCAAAUAUGCUCUCCAGGCUAUGGCCGAGCAGGACAAUGAAGAGUUUGCGACAGUGCAAGAGCGGUCAGACCGCAAGGGUUCCAGCAGCCGUCGACCGGCCCCGAAGAACGUCUCAUGGAAUGACGAGCGCCUCGUGGAAUUCGAAGAUGACAAUCAGACACCAGAGCUGGAGGAAGACGACAGUGGCAGCAACAAGAGUGAUGCCUGUGGUACUUCCGUCCGAUCUGGAGUCAAAACUUCAAAGAAAAAAGCAUCAACCAGUGGUCGCAGCAGCCGUGGCCAGGUGCAGAAGAUAAGCCAUGAGGCUGUCAGCGAGUCCGAGGGUGGCUCAGCCAUCCCUGCUGUACCAGCUGCAACCCCCCGGUCUCGACGGGUGCGGCGUCUGGGCGACUCGACCGGUGUCUCGGGCACCCCCGUGAAGACUGGUAGUGGCCGCAUCAGCAAGCCUCCCUCCGCCACGGUCCCUACCGAUGGACCCUCAACUCCCCCCAAGGCUCGUCGCAAGCUGGUUCCCAAGUCUCCCAGCUCAUCUUUGCUCCCGGCUCCAGUCUCCAAGGGAGCGGUUGGCACCGAACAGUCUUUUGUCAGCGGUAUUCCUAUGCGCACAAACAACGCCUCCAGCGAGGGAUCGAAACGGAAGAACACGCUUCAGUCUAGCGCAGGAUGCACCCCCAUGCCACGCCGGGUCCGGGCGCGGAAUUGA